UCCCUCCUCCUCUCUGAGGUCACGGUGUGGAGGACAGCAGGAAGUCAGCUCAGUGUUGUACAAUGCCCUGAUGUUCAUAAGAUUUCUGCUUUAAUUUACAACUGAAUUACACUUUAAACUCGCACCAUGACCACCGGAGUGUGCCUCAGACUCCUGCAGACCGCCGGCUCUCCUCCUGCAGCCUCCUGCCGCAGCUGGAGCUGGAUCUCCGGCCGCAGAGCGAUGUCUUCUGCGGGUAGAGGCUCCAUGAAUGUGUUCAACAGGGAGAUGAAGAGGAGGCAGAAGGACUGGGCUGCCUCCCUGCAGGACGGGCAAAAGUACGACUACCUGAGGGACGAGGUUGGCAGUCGAGUGGCUGAUCGAGUGUACGACAUUGCGAGGACGUUUCCUCUGGCUCUGGACAUCGGCGGAGGAAAAAGUCACAUUGCAGAACAUUUAAACAAGGAGUUUGUGGAGCGUUUGUUCCUGACGGACAUCUCAGGGAAAGCUCUGAAACAGAGAAGACAGACCGAGAUCCCGACUCAUCACGUUCUCGCUGACGAGGAGUUUCUGCCCUUUAAAGAAAACACCUUCGACCUGGUGAUGAGCAGCCUGAGUCUGCACUGGAUCAAUGACCUGCCUGGAGCUCUCAAACAGAUCCAUCAGGUGCUGAAGCCGGACGGGGUGUUUAUCGGGGCGAUGGUGGGGGGGGAGACCCUGUACGAGCUGCGCUGCUCCCUCCAGCUCGCGGAGACGGAGAGGGAGGGAGGGUUCUCCCCCCACGUCUCCCCGUACACCGCCGUCACUGACCUGGGAAACCUGCUGGGUCAGGCUGGCUUCACAAUGCUCACCGUGGACAUUGAUGAAGUUCAGGUUCAUUAUCCGGGAAUCACUGAAGUCAUGACGGACCUACAAGGUAUGGGUGAGAGUAACUGUGCGUGGAACAGGAGGUCGAUGUUAAACAGAGACACAAUACUAGCAGCAGCAGCUAUUUAUAAAGAGAUGUACGGCAGCGAGGACGGGUCGGUGCCGGCCACCUUCGAGAUCCUCUACAUGAUCGGCUGGAAGCCUCACGAGUCUCAGGCCAAACCAGCGAAGCGAGGCUCGGCCAACGUGUCGUUCGCAGAUCUGUCAAAGAUCGGCCAGCCGCCCAACACCUAGACGCAUCGGAGUUAAAUAAACUGCAGAGUAUAAAUAAUAUAUUUUAUUUAAACAACUAUGUUUAGUUGCUGGGUAAAGGGUAGGUGAUGUGUUGUUUUAAAAUGGUCUCGAAUAAAGAACAUUUCCUCUUGCAGGAAAACCACAAGCAGUGACAAGUGGAUUUCACAACACCUUUCUUAAGAGUGAAACAGAUGGGACGGAGCAGACGGGAGUUCAUGCAGGGAUAAGAAUAAGAUACCAUGAAGUAGCUCUAUUUACAUAUGAACAGAUCUGAAUGGAAAUAAUUCUGAUUGAAUAUCAAUACGUUUGCAAACAUGUCUGAGCAAGUGAACGUUUUUUUUGGAUUAGAACUGAUUAAUGAUACUUUAUUCAUCCCAAAUCAGAUAUAUAUUUUUUAUAACACAUAAGUUAAAAUUGAAUAAAAUUAAAAAGAGUUACCAUAUAUAAAUCAACAGAAUAAAAGAUCAGAAUAAGAAUCAGAAA